AUGCACGUAUCUAACACCAAUGGGCACCACACAAAGGAACCUCCUCUGUUCCCUGUCAUUCAUAUGGAUAUAAAUAGCCUGAAACGACUUCCAGCCUUCGAUGAACCAAUUCAUCAUGUUCAAAAAAGGAUAAACGAACAACAAAACACCCAACAUAGACCGAAUCAAGGUCACCUUCAAGCCGUUCCUCAUCAUAUGACGUCAUCUCGAGGAUCACCACCACUGGGAAAUCCCCCACAACAUAUGCAGAGCUCUUCUUCCUUUGUUCAAAACAACAAAAUUCAAAUUCAGCAAAAUUCUGCUCUGCAUCAAAUGGUACAACCUGCUUUAAACCAUGCUCCUCUGGCUGGAAACAUUCGGCCACCUGCAGUCAUGAAUUCAGCCUCGCAGUUCAUUCCUCAUAAUCCAGUUGUACAAACACAAAGUGGCCCUAACAUCUUGCACCAGGUCAACAAUAGAAUCCCAACAAUAAAUCAUCAAGUUACUCGUGUCCCAUUGGCCAAUAAGCAACCUGCAUUCCACCCUCCUAUGGUAAUGACACCUGCAAUGAGCGGAAAGAAUCGAGUGAAUCCAAACAUAAUGAUUCAAACCCAAUCACGUCCUCAAACCCAACCAAUCCUCAACCAGCCGAUCAAUGUUCAAUCAGUUCCUUUAAACCUCAAUCAAGUACCUUUGAAUACGAUACAAGGACAAGUUCCCAAUUUCCCUUUCUUGGGAAUGAACACAAUUCAGAAUCAACCCUUGUUAAUGCUCCAAAGACCAGUGCUGGUUAAUUCUAUGCCACAGAAUGUUCAGCUGCUCCAGGGUCCUCUAGCAAACGGACAAGCCCUCAUGGGACCCAUUAACGUACAGGUUCCUACGAUACAAAAUAAACCCAUGUCUCUUCCACAACUGGUCAUCACCAAUGGAAUCCUGAAUCAAAUAGCUCCUAAACAAAAUCCUGCUACUCCUGCAACACCGAAACCAAAUACAUUAUAUUCUCGUGCCCCGAUCAUAGAGAAACCCGUACAGCCCGCCAGUGUACAAACUCAGUCCGGAAACAGUAAUAUGGACCGCAAAAUUGCACAGGUAGUCGUUCAUCAGACAGGGAAUAGUUUUAAGGCGCCCUCCAUUCUGUUGAAAAAUAAGAAAGUCAAGAAUAUGAAUCCCGCGAGCAAACCUUCUUCUCAGAAAAUUCAAGAAUCAAAACCCAAAAAUACUAUUGACAUAACAAGCGCAAUGAAACAAAAUAGUGACUUAACUAGCGUUAACAAAUCUUUGAUGAAAAUGGUUCUGGAUAAACUAAAGCACACUACAAUGGACAUGCUGAAAGGGCGUAUUAAUAAAAUGAUUUCAGGAAACACACAACCAAGUGGACUCUCACUGACCAGAAACUCAAUCGUUAACACAGCUUCAAAACUUUCUAACUCGCCCUUACGUUUAAUGGGGAAAACACCUGGUGAUUUAGGUGUUCUGAGUGGAUUUCCUACUUCGCUGGAUCCUAAACGAGUUUCAGUGUCAUUUAAUCCUGCUCAAGGUCAGAAGGUCACUGCUCCCAAAGCAACCAAUCUUCCAAGAACGAUAGAGAUUGUCCAACAGAACUUAAAUCGAACCAUGCCAAAUAACAUGACUCUAGAACCUUUUACAGCAACAACGCACAAAAAGGAUGGGAAGAUGAGCAUCCUGUUAACAUCCAAACACACCGGAAGCCGACCGAUCCUUAUCGAAGCAGCUACAGGGAAUAUCCUUGUAUCACACGUGAAAGGCCCGGAUGGAAACGCACAGUUUGUAAUUCAACAUGCACGUGAUUCAACGCCGUCAAAUAGUUCCACUAUUUCUUCAUCCUCAACCACACCUGCAGUGACAGAGGAAGUCGAAAUCGAGGCUGAGGAUAUCAUCACAACCUCUACUUCUACAACGUCAUCAACUUCAACUACUCUACCUACAACAGCAGGAUUCAACAGCGUGACAACAACUCCCGGGUCGCUGCAUGUUGGGCGGUGACAGAACGGCGGGAAAUUUGGAUUGGUUAAAAAUCCAAAGGAAUCGUUCCUGUCUCAAACGAUGGCUUCGCUGUCACGACGCGAGGAAAGGGGUUGGCAAUGACAAUCACAAAGGGUUGUCGACAUUAGCAUUCUCCUUUGAAGUAAAAACCGGUGAUGACAUUGUUCCAAAAUACUUGUGCUCUACAAGAAAUCCAUGUGUGAACAGCUUACCAGGGUUGAAGCAUUAUGGAGUAUUUAAGAACAAUGAAUAAAGCAAAAAGACUCCAAAAGUGCUCUUUGCAAAAUCCAGACGUGUCUGAUAUGAUAGUUGGACUACUUGUAUACACAUAUAAAUGAAUUUUGAUAGUGAUAGUGUGAGCAGAAGUUUUAAUGACUUU